UGUUGGAGUAAGCUUUUCAGACUUUGGUGAAACGUGUUUCACUUAAGUCUACCAGAACCCACAUGUAGUAAUAGUGCAUGGCUUUUCUUUCCAUUUCAUCCAGCUUUUUAUUACCUGAACUUCCUGACUAAACGAUUUGGGGUACCACAACCCCUAAUAAAAUGAUGGUUCUCAACCCAGGACUGAAUUUGAUUAAGUCUUAACUCCUUGGCCCAGUCAUAGGAAGAGCGCUAUAAAUGAGUGGACCUCCAUCCCUGUGCCAACCAUACAUACCCAAGUUCUCAGAAUUGAUGGAGGACAUCUCUUUAGUAACCGCCUUGAUUUCAUGAAGGGUUAAGCAGCAGCCUCAGGUCCCUGCUGCAUUUAAAUUGCUCAUGAAUUGAGAACCUAGGAAGAUCUUGUUUUCCCAGUAGCUACAUAAACGCCUGAAUGUCAGUGUACAGUAAUAAAUAUAUACUGCCUUAAUUCAUAUAUAUUAACAUCAGAGUAUGAGACUUAUUUACCCUAGCCACAUCAGCUACUUUUUUCCUGAGUGAAUAGAAAGGACAAUUUAAGCCAUAGCUCUAAAAACUUUCAGAUUACAAAUUGUGAUUAAAAAAAAAAACAAAAAACUGCUCUUUGCCAGGAAUGAAACAAGCUAAAAAUUUACAAUUUGAAAUUACAUCUAUUUUAGAAUUAUCUUUAAAGCACAUAGUUCUUAAGUCAUUCUUCAAUGGAAAAUUACUUAACCUCCCCUUCCCCACAACUCCCCCAGUAAUGUUUUAAUGAAAUUAGGUGUUAAUGUAUACUGGGUUAAAUACACCCAUCUAAUUUCACUCUUCCAAAAAUCCACUAAUCUUCAGUAAAGCGAUAUAAAAAUCAGUUGGAAAAAUGAGAGGACAUGACAGCAGUAAAACUUUGGAGCUGCAAAACAGAUAGAUGAAUGUGACUUAGCACACCAGAAAAAUCCCGUAUCUACUGCCUACUUCUCAAAAGGCACUGGAUCCUGUUUGGAGAUGGAGACUGAAGUAUGUGAGAGCUGUUUGAGGAAUACCUAUAAGUGACUGCCAAUAACUUCCACUAACUGCUGGAUUUAUUUCUGGACAAAAUAAUACAUGUCUCCGUGCUGGGGUGUUGGACUACAAAGUGCAUCAGAGCCACAAAGGGGACAUGAAGUGAGAUGGGGUAUAGAUUGCUGAAUGCAAGGCUCCAUUCCUCUUCCAGCUAUUUAAAGUUGAAUAGGCAAGACUUUAGAAGAUGGAAGACUCUUGGAGGAAUCUGACCAGUUCAUGCUGACAUGAAGAUGUCCCCUGGUAAAAGACCCACACAAUCACUCUAUGUGAAGCUCAAAGUCUGGAAGGUGCAAUGAUGUAUGCUAUGUAUAAAAGUGGAUACAUUCUAUGACAAAUGAAAAUGGCCAGUUCUUUAAGAGGAGAAGUACUGAAUCUUUACAAAAAUCUGCUGUAUCUUGGACGAGACUAUCCAAAAGGAGCAGACUAUUUUAAAAGGCGCCUGAAGAAUGUUUUCCUUAAAAACAAAGAUGUGAAGGACCCAGAGAAGAUAAAAGAACUUAUUAAACGGGGUGAAUUUGUAAUGAAAGAGCUAGAAGCCUUAUACUUCCUUAGGAAAUACAGAGCUAUGAAGCAGCGCUAUUAUUCAGAUGUAAACAAAACCAACUGAAUGCUGUAACUAUGAUUUGAAAAUCAGCUGUUCAUAGCAAAUAUUAUAAAACUAAAUCUGACCUCACAUAGCAAGGUACACAUGUACCACAAAAAAUACCUGAUGGCCUUACUAACCGAUAAAGUUUUCAGCUUCUGUUCACAGUGAGUUUUCUCAGCAACACUUUAUACUCAACUUUUAUUUUAAAAUAGAAGUUUAAGCUAUAUUGUUGACAAAUGCCAAUUAUAAAUUAAAGAUCACCCAAUUCUGAAUGAAAAUGGCACUUAAAUUUAGCUUAACAGGUUUUUGCCAAUUUUUCUUAGCCCGUUUCUCCAUUUUACUGAUAACAGAAUGGCAUUUCAUAUACAUUUAACAAAGCAAAAUAAUUUCUUGAAAAGUCACUCCUCUUACCUUUUGAAAGAGUAUUUUUUUUUUUUUUUGGACUACUUUGGUACAUAAGCAGCACAUAUUCAAGGUUCACUACAAAACAAAUAGCACCUGGUAAUAAUUUAAGUAGAGUGACAAAGAAUAGUGUGUAUGGAGCAAGAGUAAUUCUGAUCUCAGAAUUGCUUGCUAUUAUUCAACGUGAUUGGUAUUACAUAUGUACCUAUUCAGUUAUUUCCAUGAUUAAUUUCACUGCUGGCUCCCUUUGGGCCUUAAAACAAAGAUUACCUGUUCUGUAUCAACUACCUUCUGUGAUUAAAAACUAAUAAACAAUGCUAUUCUAUUGUCAUAAAAGCAACUUUUGUAUCUUCUUCUAAAUGCA